GUCCAAGCACUUCUACCGAUAAACUCUGUUGCCCAGGCAAAAAAAACCCUUACCCGCCGGCAGCACUUAGUGCUCGCGUCUGGACAGAGGAGCGUCCUUGCGCGUGUGUGGCGCGUGCCUGCGUGAUUGUGGCUCGCUGCUUGGCUCCGCCUUCAAUCACUCCUUACCACUGACACCAUAGUGAGGCCCUUCGUUGCGUUCCGUUCGGGUUCUCUUCUUCAUGACGGCGGCUUUGGUUUGGUUGGCCGGUGGAGCCUUGUCCACCUUUCUCGCAGUGCGCAGUGGAGCAGGAGUGGCCUUCGCCGCGGAGCGGUGCGAGUAGGUGGCAAAGCCUCGGAACCAGUUCUGGUAGCGGCAGCCGCAAACGACCUGUUCUGUUGGCUGUCGUACGCAGUGCGGUGAGCCCUGCCCGCCGCAAGGACAGGAUGUGCGGCUGUAUCGAGUGAUGGACAGAAAAGGCUCUGAAGCGCCGAUUCGAGAGCGAAGGCGUCCCUGGCCCAGUGCCUCCCGUUCCUCUGGUACCACUGGGGCCCUGAUGAGACCCAUGGAUUUACCACCGACAACCAGAAUGAGCUCAGGCACCCAGUGAGCUCCAUAAUGCCCGCAUUGGUUCCUGGGACCCCCGCAGCCAUCCUGGCUGCCCAAGAGGCUGCCAAGAUCUACCAGACCAACUAUAUAAGAAACUCACGAGCCAUUGGUGUCCUGUGGGCCAUUUUCACCAUCCUGUUUGCCAUCGUCAACGUGGUGUGCUUUAUCCAGCCAUACUGGAUUGGAGACGGCGUGGAUACGCCACAGGCAGGGUACUUCGGUCUCUUUCAUUACUGCAUUGGAAAUGGCUUGUCCCGGGAGUUGAUUUGUCAAGGGAGCUUCACGGACUUCUCAUCGAUCCCGUCAGGAGCGUUCAAGGCCGCCUCUUUCUUUAUUGGCAUGUCCAUGGUAUUGGUCAUCGGCUGCAUUGGCUGUUUUUCACUCUUCUUUUUCUGUAGCACAGCCACCGUGUACAAGACCUGCGGCUGGUUGCAGCUAACAUCAGCUGCCUGCCUGGUGCUGGGAUGUCUCAUCUUUCCAGAUGGCUGGGACUCUGAUGAAGUGAAACGCAUGUGUGGAGAUAGGACGGAUAAAUAUUCGCUGGGAGCUUGCUCAAUGCGAUGGGCCUACAUCCUAGCCAUCAUGGGAAUUCUGGAUGCUCUUAUCCUCUCAUCUCUUGCCUUUGUUCUUGGGAACCGUCAGGAUGGACUUUUUUCAGAAGACCUGCUGGCUGAAUCCAAGGAUAAUGGAGCCGCAUAAUGGCAUAAAAGGGCUCCUUUCCAUCUUCCUACCCAGCAUUCCCAGGUGAAGGUGUACCGUAACCCUGGAAAGCAGAAGUGGAGAGGAUAUAGCAAAGAGACACUGCCCUGGGGAUGCCAGCUGCUAAAAGCAUAGAUUUAGACGCAGCAGCGCAAUGACAUCACUGUGAAAUCAUGCGUAUCGUGAUAACUAAAAGGCUUUGUCAAAUCAUUGUGUUCUGAAAGCUGUAGACCUAGAGCUUUGUUGAGACAGAAGUUAGACUAGACUGCCUGAGUUUACUUGUGCUCAAAUCUCCCAGUUUACAGACCUUAAUAAGUUUUCUGAUUUUGCAGACCUUCUGAUUUCUUUGCACUGGACUGACUUCACUGGUCUCACAUAUACAUCUGUUCUUCAGAAUACUGUUGUGACUUUGGAGGUGUAUUAAAAAAAAAAAAGACCCCUCCAGAGUUAACCAGGUUUGCUGAAUCCUUGGACCAUCUACUGAAAUGACUGAAUGUAUUGAAUUUGCUGACUUUAUUUAUAUUUGAGACUCAAUAAAUAGCCCCUUGCUGUCACAAGUCACCUAGACUUAACUGCCUGUACCGGUUUCGUAGUUAUUGUUUUACAUCAGCUCACAGGUUUUUUGGAGGUCUCUUUACAGUUCAGCAGACUUAACUGAUUUUUUUUUCUAUCUCAAAUACAUUAUUUACCCUAAAACCGACUGACUUUACUGAUUGCACGUCUUUAAACUUCGACAACAUACUAGACCUAACUUUAUGGUGUCUCAGAGUUUGUUGCUACCUAUUGUUACAUAAGGAGCCCCAUAUCUAAAAUCUUUUCUACACUUAUUGACUUUUUUUUUUUUGUUCUCUAAAUUUUUCCAGUUCCCUUCAGUGGACAGAUUAAGCUUUGUCCAUUGGUGUCUGCAGCUUUCCUGUUCUGUCUAGUCUAGGCCAGUCUAGUUCUUUUAAAACUAAUACAGAGUGGCUCAUAACAGAUUGUUUGUCUCAAAAUAAAAAAAAGAAAGAUGUUGUCA